AUGGCCGUCAGUUCACGCUAUUUUCGAGGAAAUGAGAAGGAAAUGACACCAACGAGAAGGUCAAGAUACUCUAGCGGAUCCACGGUGGAACCGCCUCGCGAAUUGCGCCACGGCAGUGCGAUUACAAAUACCGCCACACCUUCUCCUACCCAUGGUCGUCAAAUGACGCCCCAAUUGGACUCACCAAUGCUCGAUGAGACGGUUGGUGAACAGACCGUGCUCGUAUCCGAGGUUCAGGAAGUUUCGAGCCCUACUUCGCCAUCGAAGUCCAAUAGGUCUCCAAGGUCUAAACGCAACGCUGUGGCCAAGCCAAGGAAAAAAGUCACGCUACAACUAGUCUCGUUGCGCACUCAUCACGACCGAAAUGUCGCCAUGAUCAUGCGUUUGGUCCUCGUCAAGCCGUUUAUCGUGCAAUCGAUUCUAUUUCAUCGACCAGAGUGGCUGCUCGUAGCGACGAUACUCCUCAAUGUGACCUCAGGCAAAGCUGCGGUGCCGGUGUUGAACGAGGUGAGGACACGGUGGCCGACGAUGGAAGCGCUGUCGCAAGCACAUGCUCCAGAACUCGAACUCCUUACGCCUCUGGGUCUUGGCCGGAAGAGGACACAGAGGCUGAUUCAGUUUGCGACAAUGUGGCUCGAAGACCCACCGGACCAAAUGAGUUUACGCCCGUCGAGAGUUCAAGUCGCCAAAGGAGUGGCCAAAUACCCCCCAACAGCAGUGUCACAUCUUCCAGGGAUGGGGCGCUACGCGCUCGACUCGUAUCGAAUCUUCUGUGGACAGCUUGUUGGUGGAAAUGAAUGGAAAACAGUGACGCCGCUGGAUAAAGAGUUGCGAGUACACAUGAUCUGGUUCUCGGACCGAUCGUCUGACGACACUAAAUAG